AUGCAGUUCAUCUUCUCCCUCGCUGCCUUUGCAGGUCUCGCUUUGGCCCAGAAUGCUGUGAUUGGACUUCCUACCGCCGAUCAGACCGUCGCUCCCGGUAGCGAAAUCAUUGUCCAGGUCCAGCGUCCUAACUCCUUGACCGGUUCUGAAGAAAUGGCCGUGGCGAUUGGCCUUGUUUCCUGCCCCAGUGGAACCUGCCAGCCCGCCAGCAACAUCAUGGGUUCCAUCGUUUACAACGGGCUCUUUACUCCCGUGUACCACGAGGCCUACCUGCCGCCCUACGAGAACUUCACUGUCACUGUUCCUUCUUCUUUUGCGGCAGGACAAGCCCAAGUUAACGUGGCUCAUGCUACUCUUGUCGGAGCUGGCCCCUACCCCAACCUGGAGACUCUCAACCAGACUAUUAUCAUUUCCUAA